AGAAGCUUCGGGGCAUUUUAGGCAAUCCACGGUUUUACGCAGAAGAGGAGCGUGGUUGGAGUAAUCCUCUUCGUCACAGAGGACCAGGGAAAGCCCCAUUCAAAGCAGAAAUCUGGGAUACUUCAGGGAUACUUGAGACGCCUUCUGUCACUAUUUGGAUUUAUCUGCUCAACAAACACCAACAUCUCUGUCCAUUUUGUCCUGAGCAGGAUGAGUGGGUCCACUAAUGUUCAGUAUCAGUCUGGCCUGUACGGAGGGAACAACAACACCAGUGGAUCCCCGGUCCCCAGUAGAGGUGCCUCCCCGAUCGUUUGUGCCCGCUGUGGGGAGGCGUGCCGCGGAGAGGUGGUCCGGGUCAAAUCCUCGCACUUCCACGUUCACUGCUUCACCUGCCAAGUUUGUGGCUGUGACCUGGUGCAGUCCGGCUUCUUCCAUCAUUCAGGGGAGUACAUCUGCACAGAGGACUACCAGCGCCUGUACGGGACGCAGUGUGACAGCUGUGAGCAGUACAUCAGUGGAGAGGUGGUGUCUGCGCUGGGACGCACCUACCACCCACAAUGCUUUGUGUGCAGCCUCUGCAGGAGUCCUUUUCCCAUUGGAGACAGAGUGACCUUCUGUGGAAAGAAAUGCAUUUGUCAGCAGUGUUCACAGUCUCUCAGCGCCAACAAACCCGUCAAGGUCCACGGCCCCAGCUACUGUGCGGGCUGUGGGCAGGAGAUCAGACAGGGCCAGUCGCUCUUGGCUCUGGAGAGACAGUGGCACGUUUCCUGUUUCAAAUGUCGGACGUGUGGCUGUGCACUCACCGCCGAAUACAUCUGCAAAGAUGGGAUCCCGUACUGUGAGGCCGAUUACCACUCCCAGUUUGGCAUCAGGUGUGACGGCUGCAGCAGCUUCAUCAGCGGACGAGUGCUGGAGGCUGGAGGGAAGCACUACCACCCGACUUGUGCUAGAUGUGCCCGCUGCCAGAUGAUGUUUUUGGAAGGAGAAGAGAUGUACAUAACAGGUUCAGAGAUUUGGCACCCCAUGUGUAAAGAGUCCACCAGACUGGAGAGGAAACUUAGGCUGAGGAGGACAUCUGAGACUGCGUCCCUGUCUCCUCCAGGCUCGUCCCCUCUGAUGGGCUCCCCUCACCGACUCAUCUGUUCUAAAUCUAACGGAGACAUAAUAGCCACUGUGCCACGGGUCAAUGGUUUGUGUGAGAUCCAGCGUCCGGACAUCAUUCCUUAUCAGGCCGACCCCACGCCCCUGUCUGAAGACGCCUUGGACAGAUACAGCUGUGCACAGUCAUUGGGAUCCUUGUCUCCAUACCCUAAUGAUCUUUUGGAUGGACUUGAGACCAGGACUAGGAGGUCUUCUGGUUCGGUUUACACUGAUUCUCCAGCGCACAGCCGUCAUGGAGGCUCCCCGCUGCACUGCUAUCUCCCUGGAAGUGACAGUGGCAGGAGCUCCCCCUUUUACAGUCAGCCCGAGCCCAGAGUCACCACUCCCACCACCUGUAUCCACCCCGCCCCCCGGCAUUUCCAUGUGCCAGCUUCUGAAGACAACAUUUACAGGAAACCGCCCAUCUAUAAGCAGCAAGACCCAUGUGUGUAUGUGACAGGCUACAGGACCAACGAAAACCUCCUGCACUCCAGUCGCCUCUCUGCUUCCAACGGCAACAACAUCUAUCAUCCUGACUCCAACUACUUCCCCUACACCGGCUCCCCCAAAGUCUCCAGAUUAAGAAGGUUUUCAUCUGGAGGAGAAGAAGACAGCUGGAAUCACAAUGUCAACAAAACAAUUGGACGUAUGAUCUUGAAGGAGGAAAUGAAAGCUCGCGCGGCUCAUGAUAACGACCAGUGGAGCAGCAGGCGCAGUUCCAGGUGCAGCAGCAAGGAGGCGCUCAGCAAUGUGGGCUACAGCUCCUUAAAUGGAUCUGCCUUGUCCCGGUCUAUCUCCAUCACUGAUAACGACUACAAGUCAUCUUCACUGCCAGACUACAGAAGAAAUGGAGUCAAAAAGCCUGUAGGGGGAGCCACAGAUUAUUACCAGUAUGACAGCAGUAAUGCAGUUAACUGGCAGAUUAGAGAAUAUAAGAUUUACCCCUAUGAGGCUCUGGUGGUGUCGGUCAGAGGUGAGCAGCGUCUCCCCAGUGAUGUGGACCGGGCCAGACUAGAGCGCCAUCUCUCCCCAGAGGAGUUCCACAGAGUUUUCGGGAUGCCAAUGUCAGCUUUCGACCGCCUUGCUCAGUGGAAGAAGAAUGAGCUCAAGAAACAAGUUCGGCUUUUUUAAACAAGUCCAGUUAUCGCUGUCCAAUCUCAUACAAAUAAAGUUU